GGACAGUGAGAGCGACCAUCUCCACGUGACCAUGGGAGGAAUGGCAGGCUGUGACUGAAGGUCUCCUCACUAAAUCACGAGAGAAAAUGACAGCAGAGAGUGAGGGCUCCACGACAGUUUCCGCUAUCACCUGGAGAAAAGAGUGGAAACGACUCUCUUGGGACCAUUUAUUAGCAAGAGGACACCAACACUGUGACACAUGCCGGUGCCGCCGCCACCACCACCUCCUUUGCCUCCACCUCCUCCCCCUCUGGGGGCUCCUCCCCCGCCCCCUCCAUUAGCACCCCCGCUUAGCACAGAUACUUCUUCCAGCUUGAGAAAGGCAGAUCCAAAAGGUCGGAGUGCACUUUUGGCUGAUAUCCAGCAAGGAACUCGCCUGCGAAAAGUCACACAGAUCAAUGACCGCAGUGCCCCACAAAUCGAAAGUUCCAAGGGAGCCAACAAAGAAGGUGGAGGCUCAGUGAGCUCCCGAGGAGGAAGCACACCUCCAGCCCUGGGAGAUCUCUUUGCUGGUGGCUUUCCUGUGUUGCGACCAGCAGGUCAGAGAGAUGCUGCAGGUGGCAAAGCAGGGCAGGGUCCUGGCUCGCGCGCACCUUCCCCCAGGCUGCCCACCAAAACCCUCGGCUGUGCGCUGAACCCUCCUGCUUCUCCCCGGCUGGGCACAGCCUCCGAGGGGCCCGGAGCCCCGCGCACCGUCCCUCCGCGACCCAAUAUUGGCCGAGGCCCAGGGACCGGUGGAGGAAAACUAAAUCCACCUCCUGCGCCCCCUGCAAGAUCCCCCACGACAGAGCUUUCCAGCAAGAGCCAGCAGGCCCCAGCCUGGACCCCCACCCCACAGCCUGGAAGCCAGAUGCGAAACGGAAGCCUCCACAUCAUUGACGACUUCGAAUCUAAGUUCACCUUCCAUUCUGUGGAAGACUUUCCCCCUCCAGAUGAAUACAAACCAUGCCAGAAGAUUUACCCCAGCAAGAUCCCCAGAAGCCGCACUCCUGGUCCCUGGCUCCAGGCUGAGGUAGCAGAACAGAGCUCCGAUGACAUCAAAGGCAGAAAUUCUCAGUUAGCCCUAAAGACACUCCGGUGAGAAGAUGGUAAAGUCACAGUCCUGGAGCUCCAUACGGCAGGAUGACGCCUGCUAAAGAACGUGUCUGACUCUUCUGUACUCAAACUAUAUUCGGAUGACAUACAGGCUCUGACAGAGCACUAAUUUACUGUAAAUAUGUGGUUUGCACGAGCUUUACAGCAGCAUUUUAGUCGCCUUUUGAGUAAUAUUUUUUAAAACACCAUGUCUCCAUUUUUUAAAAUGCACAUUGGCAUUUGUCUGUACAAACAGAGCCCUGGUACACCCCAUAGUGUCUAUUCUGACUGUAAAUAUGCUUGUAGGCUGGCCCUUCCUAUAUUCUGAACCAUUUUUAAGAGUGUCCUUAGUUUGCAGGUAAUCCGAAAGUCAUAAGUACCCACCAUGGCUUCUUAUUGGCAUGACUUUAUAUUCUCAUUGCACCAACUGCAAAAUCAAACCAAAUAAUGCCUUAUAACGAUGCAGCUCAGAGGAAGUAAUAUGUCCCCACACCCCAGCAGUGCCACGCAGCCUCCAGUGAGCGAGGUGCCACAUCUCGCUUCUGUUUUGCAGUACAGGGAUGUCUUUUUGCUGCCUAUUAUAAAUAUAUCGCAAUGUCAAGGCAGGAGUGGGCUUGGCCCCUCCUGAGCCUUCUGCAGGGCCCCUUUUGUAACUGAAUUACUUUACAAGUAGCCAAUGCUCUUACUGUUUACAGUAUCCCUGGUGUACAUGUUUCUCACUUUUGUCCCAUCCCUCCAAGUUUUUAGUCCCAUCCCAGUAGGAAGGAUAAGGUCAGCUAUGAGAUCUUGAUGUUUUAUUUUCCUGCAGGUUAAAUAAUAUACACAAUUCAUGAUUAUAAUAAACUAUAAAUUGUGUCUCAGGGGUCUGUUCAUCCCCAUCCCCACCCUGAGUGCAGGAUUUCCAUGGAAAAUAUGCUAUGAAAAAGUGUAGAACAAAACAUCUCAUGAAAUAUGUGCCUCAAGAAUCUGGCCCCAUCCCUAUGCGUUGGGACCCUGGGAAUUGGCCCUCAGGCCAAACCAAACUCCCUUCUAAGCUUACAGAGAAAGUAGAAGGCUGGUGGUUUCCCCUGCCUUCUGGCCGGCACCCGGGGGCCAGGGAUGUGUGCCAGUUCCACAGCCCUGAACAUAGAAAGGAUUGGGCCUGGCUAGGACUGCCCUCCCACUUCCCUUGAGCCAGCAAAUGUGGAAGGUGCAUCUGCUUACUGUCUGACCCCAAGUGCUCCCCAGCCUUGGGGGAAAGGGCUGUAUUAGGGAAAGGAGACAAAAAUAGAAACAGACUGAUCCUGAGCUAUGCUCAAAAUAGCUACAAAUCAAAGGAAAUUGGGAAGGGCAAGAAGUAGAAGAUGUUGGUUUUGGACCACCCACUUACGCUUUUAGGAUAUUAGGUGCAGGCAAAGCCAUCCAGAAAUGAUGGACAGGGAGGACGGUUUGGCCAGCCUGACUGCAGACACAUGACUAUUGUCUGGAGCAAAGAUUAAGCUGGUAUCCUACAUUGGCAUUGUGCUUUCUGGAUCCAGACAAGCAGCUGAGAGCCAGGAUGAAGUUUCCAUCUCUGCAGCAUGACUCAAGUGAAAACUGUAACAGUGAAAUCAAUGGGAAAGGCACCUUUCUGGGCCUUUUGCAUUACUGAUGUGUUGUGGAAAGUUUCAGAAAGGUCAGAAUUUCUUUGUUGGAACAGUAGCCACUCUGCCUUCCUCCUAGAUGUGUAAAUAAGUAUAAAAGCUUUAAUUACCAUGACGAAGAAGACCCUAGACAAAGGCAAGCCCACCUUCAGAGUAGACCACCUGCCCUGAUGACAUGUUCCUAUGUUCAUGCUCUGCACUGCUGGUUUAUAAUUGGAAAAUCAAACCAGUCACGGACAGAGGAAAGGAACAAGCAGAAACCAAAAACAGUAAGUAGGGAGAAACCUCAGGACUCUGGCAUCGCAUCCCUCCUCGAGC